UGGCGCCGGCCGGGCAGGGUCCUGGGCUAGUCAUGGCGUCGCCGUCUCGGAGGCUGCAGACCAAACCGGUCAUUACCUGCUUGAAGAGCGUCCUCCUGAUCUACACGUUCAUCUUCUGGAUCACUGGUGUUAUCCUUCUUGCCGUUGGCAUUUGGGGCAAGGUGAGCCUGGAGAAUUAUUUCUCCCUUUUAAAUGAGAAGGCCACCAAUGUUCCCUUCGUGCUCAUUGGCACCGGCACUGUCAUCAUUCUUUUGGGCACCUUUGGUUGUUUUGCUACCUGCCGAGCUUCUGCGUGGAUGCUAAAACUGUAUGCAAUGUUUCUGACUCUCAUAUUUUUGGUUGAAUUGGUUGCUGCCAUCGUAGGAUUUGUUUUCAGACAUGAGAUUAAAGACAGCUUUAAGAAUAAUUAUAAGAAAGCUGUAGAGCAGUAUAAUGAUACAGGAGAUUAUAGAAGCGAUGCAGUAGACAAGAUCCAAACUACGUUACAUUGUUGUGGUACCACCGACUUUAGAGACUGGAAGGAUACUAAUUAUUACUUAGAAAAAGGAUUUCCCAAGAGCUGCUGUAAAGUUGAAGAUUGUUCUCCGACGACGGAUGACAAUGAAGUAAACAAUGAAGGUUGUUUUAUAAAGGUGAUGACCGUGAUAGAAUCAGAAAUGGGAGUUGUUGCUGGAAUUUCCUUCGGAGUUGCUUGCUUCCAGCUGAUUGGAAUCUUUUUCGCCUACUGUCUCUCUCGAGCUAUAACAAACAACCAGUAUGAGAUAGUGUAACCAACGUUACACGGCUUACUCCUCUCCAACUUUAAGGACAUUUACAUUAGCUCCUGUGAACUACUAGAUCGCCUGGUUGGAAAACUGCCUCAUGUUACCCAUUGACCGAAAAACUACACCGAUAGUCUGAUUCAAUCUAGACAUUUGUUUAAUAUGUUACAAGUCCACCAUUUGUCCCAUUCAUCAUGUAAGAUCAUUGAAACUUCCUUAUCACCCUGAAACACUGGAAGAGCUAGUAAAUUGUAAAUGAAACAAUGUGUGUUCCUCUUGAUUAUUGCUUUUCUCAAUGUAGGACUUUUGAAAGGCCCUGUGGAUUUUCUGUUUUGAUGUACUGUUAUAAAAUGGGAAAUUGACCCCUUUGAACCUGCCCCUUCCCAGCCAAGGUUAUGUGGUUUGAUUGCAUCAUUUGCAUCAAAAAGUUAAAAUGUUUAGAUUAGUCUCUUUGUUCUGCUGACAGGCAGAGAUUACAUUGUGAACUUUAAUCCCAGCCAGGAGUUGGAUGGCACCCAUCAGAGUUGCUAGAUGGUGGUAAUGGUCGCUGACCUAAGGCACCAAAGACUAAAGGGCACUACCACGUUCUGUGACACAUCAGAUUGCAGCAGACUUUUACUUUACAUGUUGUUGCCUCCCAAGUUAAGGUGUUUAUACUGAUGUUUAUAUUUCCUCCAUCACUUGAAAGGUUCUAAUUAAUGGUGUUGGAAUUAUUGUGUUUUCCUGAGAAAUUAGCUCUAGCUGAUAUUUCCUUACCAGAUAGAUAUGGCUUAAUUAUCAAUAUUGUGGUCAACUUUAAUAAUCUUAGUUUUGGUUUGUGCCUUUGAUUAAAGUCACUUUUAGAAAAAUGUACUUAUUGGUUGUUUUCUACUGAGAAAGCUAAGCCCCAUAUUUCUACUUAGAGUACAGUUUUAGAUACAAAAUGUAAAACUGAGCUAUUGACUCUGUCUUUGAAAAAAUUACUGUCAUACUGUUGUCUGUCUGAAUUUUUGGUUCUUUU